CGGGCUGGGGGAGGGGACCUCCGGGCCGAGAGUUUUUUGUUGGGGGGGGGAGGAAAAGGCGACUGCAAGCCUGCCUCCCGAGGCCCUCCUUGCUUGGAAUUCCGCACGCUUUGCGCAGUCGGGAGUCACGACCUCCAGCACAGUCUUCUAGGAUGUGGUGCCACAGGUUGUCCUACCUACAAAGCAAGCUUCAGGACUUGCUGAAGGGAGGAGUCAUAUGUUGGGCCAUUCAACAGCCUAGCUUCAGAAGAUUAUUUCCUUUAGCCAUCCGUUGGCACCAUACAACCUCCAAGGCUCAGAAUUGUGCUUGGCAGCAACAUGAAGAUCAUUUUGAACUGCAAUAUGCUAACACUGUGAUGCGCUUUGAUUAUGUCUGGCUUCGAGACCACUGCCGCUCAGCAUCUUGCUACAACUCUAAGACUCACCAGCGCAACCUGGACACUGCAAGUGUGGAUUUAUGUAUCAAGCCAAAGACCAUUCGUCUGGAUGAGACCACACUCUUUUUUACUUGGCCAGAUGGUCAUGUGACUAGAUAUGAUUUGGAUUGGCUGGUGAAAAACAGCUAUGAAGGGCAGAAACAAAAGGUCAUCCAGCCUAGAAUAUUAUGGAAUGCUAAAAUCUACCAGCAAGCUCAAGUUCCAUCUGUAGAUUUUCAGAGCUUCUUAGAAACCAAGGAGGGACUGAAGAAGUUUCUGCAAAACUUUCUGCUUUAUGGAAUUGCAUUUGUAGAAAAUGUCCCUCCCACUCAAGACCAUACAGAGAAGUUGGCAAAAAGGAUCAGCUUGAUCAGGGAAACCAUCUAUGGGAGGAUGUGGUAUUUCACUUCAGACUUCUCCAGAGGUGACACGGCGUACACCAAGCUAGCUCUGGAUCGGCAUACUGACACUACUUAUUUUCAAGAGCCCUGUGGUGUUCAGGUGUUUCACUGUCUUAAGCAUGAAGGAACAGGUGGCAGGACACUGCUAGUAGAUGGAUUCUAUGCAGCAGAACAGGUACUUCAAAAGGCACCUGAGGAAUUUGAACUCCUUAGCAAAGUGCCUUUGAAGCAUGAAUAUAUUGAAAAUGUUGGAGAUUGUCACAACCACAUGAUUGGGGUUGGCCCAGUCUUAAAUAUCUACCCAUGGAAUAAAGAGCUGUAUUUGAUCAGGUACAACAACUAUGACCGGGCUAUCAUCAAUACCGUACCUUAUGAUGUCGUCCAUCGUUGGUAUAUAGCACAUCGGACUCUAACAGUAGAGUUGAGGAGACCUGAGAAUGAGUUUUGGGUCAAACUAAAGCCUGGCAGGGUCCUAUUUAUUGACAACUGGCGUGUCCUACACGGCAGGGAAUGCUUCACUGGCUACCGCCAACUCUGUGGCUGCUAUUUAACAAGAGAUGAUGUAUUAAACACUGCUCGUCUCUUGGGGCUUCAGGCUUAAAACUGACAGCAUCAGGAUUAUGAAUACACCUGGCACCGUCGCUACCAGAAUUUCGUAUCAGUAGGAUAAUAUUGUGUCAAAACCUACUUCAGAUUGUCUCCUUACCCCAUCCCGCAAAACAGAAGCUACCUCUUUCUUUAGUAGGGGAAACUUGUUAAAGAGUGGGGCUCUGAGUUAUCUGAUGUCAGCCCAUCUAAGUGUGGUAGCUCUCUUCCCCAAGUGAUAACAUGGGCCCACAUGUUUUUUAAAGCUUUUGAUAUAAUUUUGGUCAAUCUACUUUAGAAUUAUAAUCUCCAUAUAAAUAGGAAAGCAAUAAUAGUCACAAGGUAAAAAUUUUUUUCAACUAGAUCAGUUAGAAAGAAAUGCAGUGUAGAAAUAACAAAAUCUUGAUAAAGCAGCAAUUUGCAAAAUUUCUGAUCUUAGGACACCUGAACACUCUUAAAAGUUACUGAGGUUCCCUAAGGAGUUCUUGAGUGUGGGAUCUUUCUAUUGAUACUAAUUAUAUCAGAUAUUAAGACUGAGAAAUGCUUAAAACUCAAGAACACAGAAUCACACAUUCCUCAGCCACCAGAGAGAUGACAACAUCACAUAUCAUGUAGCCUCUGGAAAAGUCCUCUGUAUACUCAUGAGAUAAUGAGAAUGAAAAAGUAAAUAUCAUCUUAGUGUUAUAAAAAAUAAUUUUUAACCCACAGACCCACUAAAAGGGCCUCAGGGACCCCUCCAGAUGUCUACAGACCAUACUUUGAAAAACCCAUGGGCUAGAGGAUACCUCGGAACAGUACAGUCCUUUACAUAGGCCUGUGGAUUGAAGGGUUUAGCUUGAAACCCUAGAUUUUUCUCUAUAGUCUAAUAGAGCUCCAGACAUUGUAGGAAUUGCUUGGCAGCACAAGCUCAGCGAUAAGGUGGGAUCUGAGUUCAAAUACAGUGCUUUAUUUUCUGAGAAGUGUUAUCUCCAUCCAAAUCAUCCCUCAAAGAGUUAAAUUAGGAAGUCACAACAGCUCCUGUUGAACAGACUCAUCAGUUUGGUAAUUCUGUGAGAGAUAAUUGCAGAAAGUUUUUAGAGACUUGUGAGUUUCCAUGUUUCCGUGUACACAUACACACACACACGUGCGCAUGCGUGUGCGCAUGUACACACACACACACACACACACACACACACACACACACCAAGAGAGAGUAAACAGGGUUGUUUUGUAAGAUUGUUCAGGGAAUUCAGCAUGGUAGAUGAUGUGCCUCCAGAGAACUGGAAAUUACCAUCCAAGUUUGUAUUUUGGCAAUUCGCUGGCAUUUAGGAUGUAAUCUGUUUUCUUCCACUUCUGCUGGUCUUUUUUUCUCUCUCUCUUAAAAUAUUAUACAUGAUAUUUGCCAAGAAUUGACUGGAUCAAAUUGAA